AGCCUCACAGAUGCUGUACCUUCACUUGUCAAAUCCCCAUCCAGCUCAGAUGUUCAUUUGCAGCAACAGCUUGAUGUUCAAGGCAGAGUCUUCCUCACGCGGGCCAAGGAAGGCUGUGCAUCCCUGCCACGUGCAGGAUGCAGCGCGUCUGCGGCUGCUUCUGGGCAUCACAAAGAUGCUGAGCUGCACAGGUCAACACAAGGGGCUCUCCCAGAGAGGAGAGUGGUCCACAGAGAGUUUUCUGGAGAGUGAAGGCUCUUCCUUGGGAUCACCUGGCUCAGCCUGGUCAGUUGUUGGGAUGCCCUGCACUCUGCCACUGCUUCCCGUCUGGCUGCCUCUGGAUUUAGGAACAGCACAGGAGCAGGAGCACUGCCCGGGUCCUGCUGGCCACACUAUUGCUCAUCCAGGUUCCAAUGCCCUUCUUGCCCUCCUGAGCACACACAAGCUCAAGUUCAGCUGCUGCUGUCCAGCUCCCCCAGAUCUCUUCCCAGAUUUCCGGCCACUUUGUCGCAAAUCUGGAGCACUGCAUGUGGUUGUUGUGACCUGAAGGCAGUACCUGGCAGUUGUCCUUUUUGUAUCUCAUACCUUUGGCCUUGCACCAUUGAUUCAGCCUAUCCAGAUCCCUCUGUGGAUCCGUCCUUCCCUCCAGCAAAUCCGCAGCUGCUGGUGUGUGUGGUGCCUGCCAGCCCACUGCCUGGGGUGGUGUUUCUGUAGCUCAAAUAAUGUCCCUUUUAUUUUUUACAGUAUUAAAUCUCAAUGGUCAUGCUUGUCUCUCUUGGCAUUUCUGACUUUGUGAGUUCUGUCAGUGGAUGAGCCAGAGGGCAGGGAACGACCGGGGCAGAAUUCACUAGCUUUCAAGCCUUUGUGCUUUCUCAAGAAUUUAGGCACCAGAAUGUGACCUGAACAUAUCCUGGGUCUGACCAGCUGGACCCUGAGCAGUGAGGGGUUGGUCAAACCUGGCUGAGCACCAUGCCCCUGUUACAGUGACCUUGCUGCUGGUAAGAUGAGCAGGUUAUGCCAGGGACUUAAAAAAAAAAACAACAAAAAAACCCAAAACACCCCACCCAGAGUGAGAACUACUGUGUCUGACAUGUGCAAGCGUGCCUGCACCAGUGAGACAAGGUCUCCAUCGUGGGCUUACAUCCAGCAGCAUUUUCCCCUUUCAGAUCCUUGUUUAUCACUAGUUCUUGUAGAGAGCAGGCCCAGCUCUUGGCAAAGACAGCAUUACUACAUAGGGAUGAGAAUGUGCCCCUUUUUCUACCCUGUUGUUUUUCACCUUGACCCAGGGUCUCACACAUCUGCCCUCCUGAUGUGGAAAGUCAGGGACCACCUGCACCUUCGGUGUGUUGGAGCUUUAAUGUAAAACAUAAUGCUAUGGUAUCAAACAAGAAAAAAACCACCCUUGCUAUUUCAGUAUUUAAAAGAUACAAGCAAGGGACCGAAGCAAGUAAAACUUGCUUCAUGCUAUUAUCUGUUACUUUAAGAGUCUCCUCCUCUUAUGUCCCAUUUUAAUGCACUUGCUGAGAAUCCUGGCUUUCUAUUAGUCUCUUGGCUGUCCUUGGAACUUCUCUGUUCCCUUGUGGAGGCUCAAGUUCACCUCCUUGAAGUAAAGAAAUAGGACGCUUUGAGGCAAAAAUCCUGUGCCUGGAGUGAUUCUUUUUUUGACCAAAAGAGAAAAUAGUAGCUGCUGUUGCCAGAAAAAGUCCUUUUGAGUGUGGGAUUGUUCAAACCUGCAUAUCUUUUGCUGAGCAUGUCCCAGGGAUGCAGGGCCAGCACUGACCUCCAUCUGCACAGUGGGGAGCAGCAUUAAUCACAGAAUUGUUAUGGUUGGAAAAGACAUUUAAGAUCAUCAAAUCCCAGCAUGACCAAGGCCACCACUAAACCACGUCCCCAAGUGUCACAUCCACAUGUCUUUUAAAUUCCUUCGGGGAUGAUGACUCCAUUGCCCUGUGCAGCCUGCGCUGAUGUCUGAUCAUCCUUUUGAAUAAAUUUUUCCUCAACAUCCAACAUAAACCUUCUCUGGCACAACUUGAGGCAUUUUUUCUUGUCCUGUCCCUUGUUCCCUGGGAGCAGAGCCCGACCCCCACCUGGCUGCACCCUCCUGUUGGGGAGUUGUGAUGGUGAGAAGAUCCCCCUGAGCCUCCUUUUCUCCAGGCUGAGCCCCCACAGCUCCCUCAGCCUCUCCUGGUGCUCCAGUCCCUUUCCCAGCUCCAUUCCCUUCUCUGGACACGCUCCAGACCCUCAAUGUCCUUCUUGAAGUGAUGGGCCCAGAAUUGAUGGCAGGAUUCGAGGUGCCUCAGCAAUGCCAAGCAUAGGGGACGGUCACUGCCCUGGUCCUGCUGGUCACACCGGGGAGGGCACAAGCCAGGACGCUGCUGGCCUUUGCCUUUGGGGCUCCAGUCUGCACUGCCGCCUUGACUGCGUCCAGUUCAGCAGAACAAAGGACAGGACGAGAGGACAUGGUCUUCAGAUGCACCGGGGGAGGUUUAGGUUGGACGUUAGGUGUAAUACCUUCACAGGAAGGGUGAUUAGAAUUUGGAAUGGGCUCCCCAGGGAGGUGAUGGAGUCACCGUCUCUGGAGGUGUUUAAGGAAAAACUGGACGUGGGGCUCAGUGCCCCGGUCUGGUUGACAUGGUGGUGCUGGGUCAGAGGUUGGACUCGCUGAUCUCAAAGGUCUUUUCCAGCCUAAUUUAUUCUGUGCGGGGCCACGCAGCCCACGGCUGUGCGGGCUGGAAAUGGCGAUAAAGGGGCAAAGGCCGCAGGGCCCCGCUCUGGAGGGUCCCUCAUGGCCGGGCCCGCGUUCCCCCGGCAACCGCGCGGUGCCGAGAUGGCGGCGGGCGGGGGGGCGGAAGAUGGCGGCGGCCAGGGCGGCACCGCCGGGCGGGAUCUAUGGAAGUGACGGGCGGGCUCUAUGGCGGUGACUGCCGCGGCUGCGCACACGCGGCCCCUCCUCCGUCGGGCUGCGGGCGCUGCGGGUGCGAGCGGCACCGGCACCGGCAUGGGCGUGCAUGUGGAGACCAUCGCCCCCGGCGACGGGCGGACGUUCCCCAAGCGCGGCCAGACCUGCGUGGUGCACUACACGGGUAUGCUGGAGGAUGGGAAGAAGUUUGAUUCCUCCCGCGACAGGAACAAGCCGUUCAAGUUUGUGAUGGGCAAGCAGGAGGUGAUCCGUGGCUGGGAGGAAGGAGUCGCUCAGAUGAGUGUUGGUCAGCGGGCAAAGAUGACCAUCUCCCCAGAUUAUGCCUACGGCUCCACUGGCCACCCAGGGAUCAUCCCACCAAACGCCACUCUAAUUUUUGAUGUGGAGCUCAUGAAAUUGGAAUGACCCAUCCCAGCACCCUUCCUCGGGUUUGGCACAUGGAGGAAUCCAGAAUCUCAGCUUCAAGAAAAGUGCACAUGACUUUGUAUGGAGCUUUUCCUGAUAGUCCACUACACUCAUUGUAUAACCUUACACCUUGAUUGAAUGCCUUUGGUCACUAAGCUUUGCGUCUGACUCUUCCUCCUUGUAUCGUGUUUUUAUGUCUUUUUAAACUAUACGCCGUAAACCUCAACUCUUUUUGGGUCAAGUUCUUAAUCUUAUUUUUGUUCCAGGUGUAGACUAUGUUUUCCCAGUAGCACGCAGAUGGGCUGACCUUAGAUAGGAGUCAUUUGAACAAAAGGAAUCCUGUUAGUUACUUGUUUUGGUGCAGAUUUAUGGUGUUUUCAAACCAGAAAUUGCUGCUGCUGCAAAAGCCAUAGCAGAGUGAGGCUGUCGAGGCUGAAGGGAUGCAGAGAGCAAGGUAGCAGUAGGCUUGUUUAUAGGAAUUCUGCCUGAAUGGGACAGCGAGGGAGCCUGGCCUUUCCCUGCUCCCUGGGGAACAUCACUGCGGGCAUUGUGGGGUUUGCUCUGGGAAAGGAGUGCUACUCUGCCCCUGCUUCACCCUGCCAUCUCACAGUGGGCCUGCCUUCCCCUCCAGACCGCUUUUGGAUUUAGGGAGUUGGGUCUCUACCAGAGCUCCACCACACCCUGAAAAUCCCGUAGCAUGGAGCUUUCUUUAAAGAAAAAGGAAAACUGGACAAAGGGAAGGUGCUGUCUGCAGGGGAGGUGGUGGGGGCUCAACUCAACAAAAAAAUGCCUCUGUCCUCCUCCCCCGUGGAAAGUAACUGUCAGCCCCCUGUUGUCCGUGCUCUGAGCACACCUGCCCAUUCUCUCCUGCCACCUGAUGCUGGUCAUCGCUGCUUGCCUGGUCUCACAGGAUGCAUAGCUGUGCCCUGUGCCCCCUCCCUCUGCCCUGCCCAGUCCAUUGGUAACAGAAAUUCCCGCCGGUCACUUCCUUCUCCUCCGCACAAAGGUAUCCAGUUUAUUAUUGCAAUAAAAACGCUUUAUGCUGGCUUUUCUCA